AUGUCUUCGGAGCCAUCGACGUCAGCCGAAGUGCAACCGGAUACUCUACCCAAUGAGCCAACUACCUCCAAGUCUUCUCAGGACAAGAAUUUGGAGUCGGAACGCAGCACUCUUCUUCAACAGGCUCUUAUCCAAGCCGGAGAGCAUCGCGCCCAAAAAAGCAAGAACGUAUGUCGCUCGAACGCUAUAAAAACGUCAAUGCCCGGUUUUCAGAACGGUUAUCAACUCCAAAGUUAUUCUUUUAGUGCGUCUACCUUCCUUUGAUAAAUAUUCGAGCCAAAUUUGAUUUUGUGCUUGCGUGACACAUAAAUCUUAUUAUUUGCGCUGGUUUUAGUAGUGACAGGCUUUUUUCAGUUUGAAGUUAAUCAAAUUUGGAAGAGAGGCGAAAAAUAGAAACUACUGACCGAACACAUAAACUGAAGUUUUAUUGAAGUGUGCCAAAAAGCUGCUUUAUUAUAAUAAAAUUGGAGUUUCUAACAUAUUUUUUUGUGCUCGUGAUGUUUUAGUAUUUUGUAGUUUCACACUAAAAUUGCAGCGGAUAGAAAAAAAAGCUUUUCACGUCUCCGAUAUGGCGUGAUUGAAUCGUUCUGACUUAACGCCAGAAUGAUCGACACAACCAAGUUUUUUUAAUGAAAAAAAUUUAACUUCGCGGUUUUUUUAAAGCUCGUUUUUUUACAACUUCAGAGAUUCGCAAUCUCAUUUUUGAUGCUUUUUUUCUGUUCCUUUCAAAAACAGAAGUAGCACGGAUUACGAGAAAAAAAGUGCGGAGACAAAAUUAAAAUUCCAAUUGCGUUAAAUGAAUAAAAUGUUGGGUUUUUUCUUUUGCAAGUCUGGUAUUUUUUAGGGCAACAAAGCAAAACAGAAACACCAUCCGGCCAUCACGAAUUUUCUGAAAAUCAAGGAGCAUCCACUGUAUUCAAUACUUGAGGUGAAAACUUUACUUCAUUGGGAAUAAACAGACGAACGAAAAACUUUCAGCUACUUGCGACAAAAUGCGAGAAAGCAACACAGUCUCUGGCGAAACAAACAUUCGAAAUGAAGGAUAUUGUAGAGGUGGGUGAAAUUGUUCAGAAAAAUCAAAUAGUUAUUGGAAGACUGUAA